AUGAAAACAGAGAAAAUCUUCACCAGAGUACAACACUUACAACAGCUUCUUGAUCGGUUCUUGGCUUGUCGUCCCACAGAGAAGGCGAUCGAGCCUACGAGCAAGAGAUCUUCUUCGCUACGAGACGCGCUUAACAUGUCCGAUUUCAGAGAGAUGCGAAUCAUUCUGAUUCGUGAGAUUACUCUGCUUUUGUUCGGACUUGCUCUGGAUUUGGACGAACGGCUUGAUUUCCGGAUGCAAGGAAAGAGAGGGAAACACGGCGGUGAUGGUGGUGGUGAUUCAGGUGACGACAAAGAUGAUCAUCAAGAGACCAGUGCCAAUAUUCGGUAG